AGUCGCCCCACGUUAUUAAUUUUCCUGUCUUCCUUUGCCUUGGUUUUAGCAGCUUCUCAGGAACUAUAAUAUAUUUUUCUCUCUUUUCUCUCGAGUGAUAUUGUUUUUGGUUCUAGCUUCUUGUUUACUUUGGGGGGUGUCCUCCUAUGGAAGAUCAAAGCCAAGACCCUAAUGGUGGCCCGGGCCAUGGCCACGAGAGAGGCGGUGGCGGCGAGCCGGUGAGGUCGCGGUGGACCCCGAAGCCUGAGCAGAUCCUGAUCCUGGAGUCCAUCUUCAACAGCGGGAUGGUGAACCCGCCCAAGGACGAGACAGUGCGGAUAAGGAAGCUACUUGAGAAGUUUGGCGCGGUCGGUGACGCCAACGUCUUCUACUGGUUCCAGAACAGGCGGUCAAGGUCCCGCCGCCGUCAGCGGCAGAUGCAGGCCGCCAGCCUUGCCGCCGCCGCUGAGCAGAGGAGCAAUAAUUAUCAGGGCGAGCAAGCUGAUGGUGCAAUUCAUCAUCAGGGUUAUGAUGGGAGCUCGAGUUCCAACAUGGGUCUCGCAUCUUUUGGGUCAUCAUGCUCAUCUUAUUCUAAUUACAGUGCUUAUGGGUCAGCAUCAUCAUCAUCUUCUUCUUCUUCUUCUUCUUCUUCUUCUUCCUGCGGAGUCGUGAGCCAAGAGGCUAGCGACAGUUUCUUUCCAAGCUUAAUGGGUCAUCAUCAUGUGGGAUUUCCUGAAAGUGACCAGAACUGCACUACGGGUCUAACUUCUUCAAUCUUGUGCCAUCCUGAGGCUCCAAAUAUGCAUUAUCAGCAAUCUGGAAUAAUCACAGUGUUCAUCAAUGGCGUGCCCACAGAAGUCCCAAGAGGGCCACUCGACAUGAGAUCGGUAUUCGGUCAAGAUGCGAUUCUGGUUCACUCUUCUGGUCUUCCUGUUCCCACAAACGAAUAUGGCUAUGUGAUGCAAAGCUUGGAGCAUGGUGAAAGUUACUUCCUGGUUUCAAGACCGACAUAAGGAGGAUCUGAACGUGCACCAAUGACUGGGAACACCUGCCUAGCUACGCAUGUGAGAGAUUAAUUCAAUCAAGCCUAAAUCAUGAUAUCAGAGAGUCAACAAUCAACAAUCUCCAUUGACACGAGGAAGGGAAAGGAAGGGUGGAGAGACAGACAGACAGACAGAGGUGUCACAUUUGUGCUUUGGGUAUCAUCAAUUUAAUGAGCACUUAUAUGUUCAGAUUUCUAAAGAAUUGCAAAGUUUUGUCAUAAAUGUAUGUGCAACUGUUUUUUUUCGAAGUGAAUGAGGAGUUGUCCUAUUAGUCAGAAAUGUAAGUUUUUGUGGUGGAAAUGGAAUGUACUCGCCCUUUUGUUCCCCAA